AUGCCAUUUCUAAAGCUACGAGACGGAGCUGAGAUUUUCUACAAGGACUGGGGCAACCCCAAUGGCACCAUCGUCACCUUCUCCCAUGGCUGGCCCUUGAGCAGCGACAACUGGGAAAACCAAAUGGUUUAUCUAGCUGACCAAGGUUACCGCGUCAUCGCACACGAUCGCCGUGGCCAUGGGCGAUCUACCCAGACCUGGGAUGGAAACAACAUGGACACUUUCGUCGACGACCUCGAAGAGCUAUUUGCCUUUCUCAAUGUCAAGGAUGCAGUGAUGGUCGGACACUCCCACGGAGGAGGAGAGGUCACCCAUUACCUUGGAAAGCACGGCACUAGUCGCUUCAAGAAAGCCGUUCUUGUCGGAGCUGUACCUCCUCUCAUGCUGAAGACCAGCGCCAAUACUGAGGGAACGGACAAGUCGGUUUUCGAUUCUUUCCGGCAGGCUAUGCACCAGGAUCGUGCGCAGUUUUUCCUGGAUGUUCCCAGCGGGCCAUUUUUUGGAUUCAACCGACCCGGGGCGAAGAAAAGUGAAGGGCAGAUUCGGAGCUGGUGGCAGCAGGGAAUGAACACCAGUUUCAAGUCGGCUUAUGACUCGAUCAAGGACUUCUCAGAAACUGAUUUCACAGAAGACCUCAAAAAGAUCAAUAUUCCAGUACUAGUUCUUCACGGUGACGAUGAUCAGGUCGUUCCAAUUGAGGCAUCUGGACUCAAGUCGGCAAAACUUUUGCCUCAGGGCAAGCUGAAGAUCUAUAAGGGCGGAUCUCACGCGAUCCACAACAUAAAUAUUGACGAGGUCAACAAAGAUCUUCUCGAAUUUAUCAAGGCAUAG